AUGGCCGAACAAGUAGCAGCAGCACCAAAGGCGAAGAAGGCCGCCAAGCCAAAGGCACCAGCCGCUCACCCCGAGACCAAAGUUAUGGUCGCCGCUGCCGUCGCCGCCUUGAAGGAUCGCAAGGGAUCUUCCCUGCAAGCCAUCAAGAAGUACGUGAAGGCUAACUACAAGGUUGGAGAGAACUACGACACCCACAUCAAGAAGUGCGUGAAGACCAUGGUAGCCAAGGGCGCACUUUCCCAGACCAAGGGAAAGGGAGCCAACGGUUCCUUCAAGAUCGACGGCAAGAACGUCAAGAGUGACGCCGCCAAGGCCGCCAAGGUUGCCAAGGAUAAGGCAAAGAAGGCAGCCCAGAAGGAGAAGGACAAGGCAAAGAAGGCAGCCAAGAAGGCAAAGGCAGCCGCCAAGAAGGCAGCCAAGCCCAAGACCGCAAAGAAGACCACCAAGAAGGCUAAGUCUCCCAAGAAGGUCGCCAAGAAGCCAGCCGCCAAGAAGGUUGCAGCCAAGAAGCCUGCCGCCAAGAAGCCAGCUGCCAAGAAGCCAGCCGCCAAGAAAGCAGCCAAGCCCGCCAAGAAGGCCGCCAAGCCCGCCAAGAAGGCAGCCAAGCCCGCCAAGAAGGCAGCCAAGCCCGCCAAGAAGGCUGCAAAGAAGUCAAAGAAGUAA